AACACCAAACGUAGGGAUAGUUUUGUAAAAAUAACAUACUAACAUCUAUUGUAACCUCCGGCGUUGCUCCCUGUUUCUCACCCAUCUAUUCAAAACUUCGCCGCCACCGACUUCCCUCUGGUUUACUUCUCCUCUUUGUCUUCAAGGCCCACGUACGCACCCACCACGCCGACCCCGAGAACCUUAUCUCUCGUCACCGUUCCAUUUUUUCCUUCUCUUUCAUACCCCUAGGGUUUCAUCUCCGCCGACUUAGCAACAACAACAGCAAAGGAAGCACAACAACCGCAAUUUCAACCUCAGGCUCGUCACCGUUCCAUUUUUCCAGAUCUGCUAUUGAGUUUUCAAAAUAACUCCAUUUUUCUUCGAUCUAGGGUUUGUUGGGUUUGCUGACUUUUUUGGUGAAAUUAGGGUUAGGGUUUUUAGGUGAAAUUAGGCUUUUCUUUGAUACAGACGUUUAUAUGGCUGCUGGAAGACAUGGUGGUUACAGGGAUAAUGAAUUUAGGGGGCGUGAGGCUGAAUUUGAGGUUUCACGGAGGGAGCUUGAUUACUCCAAGGGGGAUUACGAACGAAUUAGGUCUGAGGAUUGGGAUUUUGAUAGGGAUCGAGUUCAUGACAGGAGUGGUCGAGAUAGGGGUAGGUUGAGACAGAAGGAUAUAAAAGAAAGGGAUAUGAUAAAUGGAAAUUAUAGGUCCAUGUCAAGCAGGAGUGAUUCUGGUAGCAGUGAUUGUGAUGGUGGUGGAGCAAGGAGAAGUGGGCUUAGUGUCAGAGCUGUUGACCGAGAGCCUAUAAAAGAAAGGGAUAUGAUAAAUGGAAAUUACAGGUCCAUGUCAAGCAGGAGUGAUUCUGGUAGCAGUGAUUGUGAUGGUGGUGGAGCAAGGAGAAGUGGGCUUAGUGUCAGAGCUGUUGACCGAGAGCCUAUAAAAGAAAGGGAUAUGAUAAAUGGCAGUUAUAGGUCCAUGUCAAGCAAGAGUGAUUCUGGUAGUAGUGAUGGUGAUGCUGGUGGAGCGAGGAGAAGUGGCUUUAGUGUCAGGGCUGUUGACCGAGAGCCUGGGGAAUUGUCUAGUGAGAGUGGGUCUGAUGGGGCUACUGAGUCGGACCAGAAGACCAAGAAUGCCGACAAUGGUAACCACCAGUCUCCUGUACAGAGCAAGAAACGAAAGUUCUCUCCAAUUAUAUGGGAUAGGGAAGAUAAGGAAGUAAAUCGAAUGUCAAAUAGUAGAAAUUCACCAGCGUCUACUAAGCUACCUCCUCCCCCUCCAUUGCCAAAGUCAUCUGGCCAGUUGGCUAAUCUUCUCCCUGAAAGGGUUGAUCAGAUCUCUCAGUUGAAUAGUAAUGCGGCUCACAGUAUGGAGCCAUCCCCAAGUAAUCCAAAUACAGCACUUGGUUCACAUGUGGAUGCAUCUGAUGAAUCCCCAGUUGACAUAUGCUCUCCACCUCCUGAUGAGGAGCAAUUGCCCAAUCAGGAAGCCAGGAAAGUAGAAGAUGAGGAAUAUGUGCCCGUGCCGACUAUAAGAUCAUCUCGAUGGGCAACUGAUGCCGACUCUCUAGCUGAUGAAGGUGAGAUUUCAGGUCGUGAUAUGCCCCUAUUGAAGAAGCGACGAGCAGUUUCCCAGUCAGCUGAAAUGGGUGGACGCAGGAAAUCACUAACUCCAGAAUUUGGGGAGCUCAAGAGAGAAAGCUCUGGAGGAAAUAGAGCAAGGUCUUCAGACUCUGAUGAGCAUAUUAGGUCUUGCAGCAGAGAUAGCUACCAGGACAAUGAAUUAGAUAAGAAUGACUCAAUGGGUGUGGAUAAGGACCGUAAUUAUGAUGGGACUAGUGUUAGCCAGUCAGAUACAGAAUCUGAAGAUGCACAUGAUUCUCGUGGUUCACCAGAGCCUGCACUUCCACCACAAAGGAGCGUAAACAUGCUGCUGGGGUGUAGAAGUGUCGAUGAAUUCGAGCGGCUUAACAGGAUAGAUGAAGGAACUUACGGGGUUGUUUACAGAGCUAAAGAUAAGAAGACAGGAGAAAUUGUUGCACUAAAGAAGGUUAAGAUGGAGAAGGAACGAGAAGGAUUUCCCUUGACGUCUCUAAGGGAGAUUAACAUUCUUAUUUCUCUUCAUCACCCCUCAAUUGUAGAUGUCAAAGAAGUAGUUGUAGGAAGCAGUCUUGACAGUAUUUUUAUGGUGAUGGAGUACAUGGAACAUGAUCUGAAGGCAUUAAUGGAGACGAUGAAACAACCAUUUACCCAAAGUGAAGUCAAAUGUCUUAUGCUCCAGCUUUUGCAUGGUGUCAAGUAUCUUCAUGAUAAUUGGGUCCUACACCGAGAUUUGAAGACUUCAAAUUUGCUUCUAAACAACCGAGGUGAGUUGAAGAUUUGUGACUUUGGUUUAGCUCGUCAAUAUGGGAGCCCCUUGAAACCGUACACUCAUUUGGUGGUUACUUUGUGGUACAGGGCGCCAGAACUUCUGUUGGGAGCCAAGCAAUAUUCUACUGCAAUUGACAUGUGGUCACUGGGUUGUAUCAUGGCUGAGAUGCUAUCCAAAGAACCGCUCUUCAAUGGGAAAACAGAAGUUGAUCAAAUUGACAAGAUAUUCAGAAUUCUUGGCACCCCAAAUGAGACGAUUUGGCCAGGGUUUUCCAAGCUUCCUGGGGUGAAGGUCAACUUUGUAAAGCAUCAGUUUAAUAAUUUAAGAAAGAGAUUUCAAAAGUCUACAGCCUUCAUGGGGUUACCAGUCCUAUCAGAGGCUGGCCUUGACCUGUUGAAUAAGUUUCUAACUUAUGAUCCGGAGAAGAGAAUAACUGCCGAUGCUGCUUUGAACCAUGAGUGGUUUCGUGAAGUUCCUCUCCCCAAGUCUAAAGAAUUCAUGCCUACUUUCCCUGCACAGCAUGCGCAAGAUAGGCGUGUGCGAAGAGUAAUGAAGAGUCCAGAUCCUCUUGAGGAGCAGCGAAGAAAGGAACUGAAGCAAGGGAUGUUAGGAACUGGUGGAUUGUUUGGCUAAGAUAAGUGAAUAGUGCUCAGUAACUGUUUGAGUUUUGCUUUCUCUAAUACUCAUGGGUUGACGUGGUUGAGGUUAGAGCCAUGCACUUAAGGAAGUUGCAAAAAUUGUUUGCUAGACGAUCAGUUCAGCUGUUUUUUAGCAGGCUUAUCUGACAAUUAGAUCGAGAAACAAUUCUUUUGGCUGUGCGUUAUCAGAUCUGUUGCAGGUUGACCUACUAAGCUCCUGGUGCCUUAUCAAAAUCUUUGAGACUGCUUGCAUAGAAGGGGUGGCAUAGUGAGCUUACCUGUUAAGGAAGAGCUUCAAUUGAAACUCGUGUAUGUAACAUAUUACCCAUUGGCAGUGUAAACAAUGCUCUUGAAAUUGAUUUUGUUAAACAUAUGGAUUGGUUUUGUA